GAUACGGAUACAUGAAAGUCAGGACACGUGCUGUAGUUACUGUGUACAUGUAGGCUGUACAAGAAGAAAACCAUUUUGGACUAGUGCAUUUUUAAAGAAUCCCUUCUUGUUCACUUUGUUUUGAACUGUCCGCAAGAUGUCGGUUGAUCCAGAGAUGGCUGAUACAGCUGUUCCCAGCACCUUUGUUGACUACUUGGAGAAGCUGAAAUGUUACAUGAAGACCACGAAGGGUUUCAUACUAACAGCAGAGAUUAUAAUCAGCUUGAUUAUCGUUGUUUGCUAUGGAGUGUCCCUGCAUGCGGGCUACACCGCUCUGGCCGCCUUUGAGAUGUUCUCCUCCAUAGCCUUCUUUAUCAUCUUUUGGUUGGAGCUGGACAAGAAAUUUCAAAAGAUAGACUGGGUUUGGGUUGACCUUUUCCGUACUGGCAUCGCUGUUCUUGUUUUUAUAAUCACCUCUCUGAUCUGUGUCAUUAAUGGCACAGGCGCGCGCAUCAUAGGCGGGGUGUUUGGACUGAUUGCCGGCCUCGUGUAUGCCUACGAUGCUUUUACCAUUUUACAGCACAUCAAGAGCUCCAAGGACCGCACAGAACCUUCCAUCGACGAGGGAGCUUAAACCCAAAAAGGAAACGUCUCAAAAAGGAUGGCUCAAUAAGCAGUCAAGAGUA